UCCUCCUUUUUGCUUCAUAGAAUGACUUACGCCGUCACUAAGAACAGCCUGAAGGCUCUGAACGUUUUCUACCUUGUCGUGUCGAUCAUCUUGAUCGCCGUCGCUGGCGCCGCCAAGGGCAUGGCCAAGCUCAGCUCUGCCGCCGUCGCUGGUGGUGUCAUUGCCUGCGGUGUCUUCCUCCUCCUCGUCUCGGUUCUCGGUUUUAUUGGCGCCCACAAGCACCACCAGGUUAUGCUCUUCAUUUACAUGAUUGUCCUCGCCCUCAUUUUCAUCAUCCAAUUCUCGGUUUCCGUUGCCUGCCUCUCCGUCACUGGCGGCCAGCAGCGCGAUCUUGUUCGUGAGGCCUGGAUCCAGCUCAGCGCUGACUCGCGUGCCGACAUCCAGAACUGGGGCACCUGCUGCGGCUUUGACGCCCCCACUGGCGCCUACUACAACGGCACUGUCUUCACUGCCAACUACCUUGGCCCCUCUGAAAACGUCCACACCAACCCCCAUCAACGCUGCCCCUGCUCUGACGGCUCCAACAGCGCUGCCACUGGCAACCUCGUGUGCCACGACGACGGCUCUGGCACUGAAGGCACUCCUGGCUCUGGCUACCCCACCCGUGGCCCCAAGGGCAAGGGCUGCAUGGCCAAGCUUGAGGACGACCUCGACAAGGGCUUCAAGGCUGCCGGCGGUGUCGGUCUCUUCUUCUCCUUCACUGAGCUUAUCGGCAUUGUUGCCGCUGCUCGCUUCCGCACCAGCCUUAAGCAAGAGGCCAACUACGCUUAAAGCGAUUUUUGGUUACAUUUUUUUUUCUUUUUACUUUUUCUUGUUUUUAUGUGGUUGCGCGUGUCUGUGUGUCGUGAUCGUUUCACAUGUGCAUUGUUAGUGGCUCACUCGCUGUUCCUCCGUGAUGUCCGAGCUGCGCGUGUCAUUUGCGUCUACUGAUGUGCUGUGCAAAGGAUGAUUCGUUGUUGACUUUUAAUUGUCAGGUUUUCUAGCUUUUUGUUUCUGUCCCUUCUCCAUAAUUUUCAUUGUUGUCCUGAUUUCCAAUCCGACCUCUUAUGUGCACCUGCAUUUGUCCAAAAGACCGUUCGCCACUCUUUACUUUGAAUCAG